ACGGGCACGGCAAUGGCGGGGGGCGUACCACGGUGCACAGCGUCGUGCCCCAGAGACCCAUCCCGCAGCAGGCCUACCCCGUGCCGCAGCCCCAUGGCCAUGGGGGGGUGCCGGUGCCCGUGGCGGUGCCCGGCGGUGCCAACGUGGCGGCCCAGAUGACGGUGACCAUGAAGCACCAGGGGGGCCACCACCCACAUGUCAUCAGGCAGCAGCAGCCCUAUCCACAGCAGGUCCGUCAGCCCAUCUCGGUUCCUCUUCAGCCGGGUCAGAGCCAGCAGUUCAUCCUGAAGCCCAAGUACUACCACACCACCCAGGUGGUGCAGCACCGCGUGGGGCCCCCCCAGCCGGACCGCCCCAUCCCCCUCUCGAUGGGCCACGGCCAAGUCCAUGCGCUGGGCAACCAGACGGGCAGGAUCAAGGUGGUCUUCACCCCCACCAUCUGCAAGGUGACCUGCAUGGGCGGACGAUGCCACAACUCCUGUAAGAAGGGCAACACCACCACCAUCAUCAGCGAGAACGGCUACUCCACCGACACCCUCACCGCACCAAACUUCAGAGCCGUGGUGUGCCACCUGCCCUGCAUGAAUGGCGGUAAAUGCAGCGCGCGUGACAAGUGCCAGUGCCCGCCCAACUUCACCGGCAAGUUCUGCCAGAUGAACGUGCCCAACGGCAACGGCCAUCGGCAGCAGGGCACCGGGGGCCAGACGAGCCAGGUCCACUCCACACACACCCUGCCCCUCACCUACAACAACGGACAGAACCAGGUGCACUUCCCUCCCAACUUCGUCAACAUCCACGUCAACCACCCUCCCGAGGCCUCGGUGCAGAUCCACCAGGUCUCCCAGCUGGACGCCAACGGCCAGAAGGUGAAAGGCGGCGCAGGGGGCAGCGGGGGCGCCACGCACACCCACACCCGCACCCACCACCGGCAGCACCACACCUACCAGCACUCGGAGACCAGCAUCAGCCACAGCGGCCACACCAAGGUCCAGCAGCAAGGCCACUCCUCCUCGUCCAGCGUGGUCUACCCCAACCAGCAGACCUACAUCCCCUUCCAGCCAUUUUAUACAAUUUAUAGUAAUGUUCGCUCUGAAAUUCAUUUAGCAAACUUCUGUCUUUUAACAUCGGUAUGUAUCGUAUUGUUUCAUAGGUCCAGCAGCAAGGCCACUCCUCCUCGUCCACAGCCCGUCACCUCCAAGACCCAGCUGGGACGCUGCUUCCAGGAAACCACAGGGGCCCAGCACACUGAUUACGGCGGGCAGGGCAGGACAGGGCAGGGCAGGGCAGGGUGGCUGAUGAACUUCAUCCGCACGUCCGACAAGAGACGCUCCGGCUUUGGCGAGCGAUGGCCCCCAUACGUCAGCCCUGGCAGCCUGCAAACCUCACUGGAGGAGGAGGGAGACAUUGACGAGUGUGCGCAGGUGCCAGGCCUGUGCCCCAAUGGAGACUGUGUCAACGCCCAGGGUAGCUACCGCUGCUACUGCCGCCCAGGCUUCCAGCCCGACUCCUCCCUGACUGGCUGCGUCCCCGACACCCCUGUCGUCCCAGAGGAGAAGGGCGACUGCUUCCGAUUGGUCGGUUCGGGGAGGCAGUGCUUGCACCCGGUGUCAACCCAGCUGAGCAAGCAGCUGUGCUGCUGCAGUGUGGGUAAAGCCUGGGGCCCUCGCUGCGACAAAUGCCCCCCGCCCGGAACAGCUCUGUUUCAUGAGAUCUGCCCUGGCGGAAUGGGCUACCAUGUUACUGGACAGAUCAAGCACAAGCAUGUCGUCAGGCCCCAGCCCCAGCCCCAGCCCCAGCCGCAGCCCCAGCCCCAGCCUCAGCCUCAGCCUCAGCCCCAGCCUCAGCCCCAGCCCCAGCCUCAGCCUCAGCCUCAGCCCCAGCCCCAGCCCAGGCCCAGGCUGCCGACCCAGGGCCCACCUCCAGCACCUCUCCCCACCGCUCACAAACCGGUGGAGGCCCUCAGCGUGACAGAGAGGCAACUUCCUGUAGCUACACAUGCGCCGGAGCAGGAGCUGGUUCUGCCAGGCGGUAAUAAUAGAUCAGUAGUUGAGCCUGGCCAACCUCAGCUCUCUCCUGGGAUCUCUACCAUCCGCUUGGAGCCACCGUACCCAGAAAUUGUGGAGAAGACGUCUCCGCCAGUGCCCGUUGAGAUCCCUCCAUCCAGCGCCAGCCAAGGAAUUGCACCUACCCAGUUUGCAGAGGUGAACGAGUGCCAGGUGAGUCCAGACAUCUGUGGUCCCGGGAUCUGUUACAACACGCCGAAGGGCUACACCUGCCACUGCGAAGAGGGCUUCCAGCUGAACACAGAGCAAACCACCUGCGUAGACGUUGAUGAGUGUUCCCAGAGUCCCCUGCCGUGUGCCAACGGUCGCUGUAGCAACACCCCCGGUGGCUUCCAGUGCCUGUGCCAACACGGCUUCCAGCCUGAUGAGGAUGGCACCAGCUGCGUCGAUAUUAAUGAGUGUCUGCGUCCUGGUGCGUGUGGGGGUGAUGGCUUCUGUGUCAACACUUUGGGCUCCUUCACGUGUCGCCGCUGCAGUGCCGGCUACAGGAUGAACCCACAUGGCCAAUGUGAAGACAUUGACGAGUGCCUGGACAAAUCCAACUGCCCGUCAGGCCUUUGCUACAACACGCCCGGUUCCUUCGACUGUGAUCCGUGUCCAGCUGGCUUCGAGGGCAGGGGAGGCCAGUGUGUCGAUAUAGAUGAAUGCCUGGAUGCCUCCAUCUGUGCGCAUGGCAGAUGCUCCAACUUCGAGGGCUACUUCGUCUGUUCCUGUGACGAGGGCUAUGCACUGAGCCCUGAUGGCAAGUCCUGCACAGAUGUGGAUGAAUGUCAAGAUGACCACGUGUGCACGAGGGGCCACUGCCAGAACAGCGAGGGCUCGUUUGUGUGUAUCUGCGAGGCCGGCUUCAGGGUGUCACAGGCUGGGGACCAGUGUGAUGACGUGGAUGAGUGCCAGGAGCUGGCGGAGGUGUGCGACGGUGUGGGCGUGUGUGUCAACAACAUCGGCUCCUACGUCUGCAGCUGCUCACAGGGCUACCAGCAGGUCAACGGCACCAGCUGCAUAGAUGUCAACGAGUGUGUGGACGAUACGGAGCUGUGUGGAGCCAAUGGAGAAUGCCUGAACGUCGACGGCUCCUUCCAAUGUGUGUGCGACCGCGGCUACACUGUCAACCAGGCAGCAAACACCUGUGAAGAUGUGGAUGAGUGCGAGGAGCUGGGGCUCGGCAUCUGCGGGGCUUGGCAGUGCGAGAACACGCUGGGAUCCUACACCUGCGUGGUGGGCUGCCCGCCCGGACACGAACGCGGCCCCGACGGUGGCUGUGUCGAUAUUGAUGAGUGCAACCAGAACAAGACGCUGUGUGGGGGUACGGGCUUCUGCGAGAACAGCGCCGGCUCCUUCAGAUGCCACUGUGACAGCGGCUACAAGAACACAGAGGACGGGCAGGGCUGCGAAGAUGUGAAUGAGUGCGACCUGCUGGCUGGUGUGUGUGGCGACGCCCGCUGUGAGAACGUGGAGGGCACUUUCCUCUGCAUGUGUGCUGACGACAGCCAGGAGUACAACCAGAUGACCGGCAAAUGUGACACCGUUCCCCCAGCGUCGUCGGUGGAGCGUAAGGAGUGCUACUACAACCUGAACGAUGAGAACCUGUGUGACAACGUGCUGACCAGCAGUGUCACCAUCCAGGAGUGCUGCUGCACGCUGGGGGCCGGCUGGGGGGACAACUGCGAAGUGCACCCCUGCCCAGUGCCAGGCACAGAUCAGUUUGCCAAGAUGUGUCCAGGAGGCAAAGGCAAGGUGCCCAGUGGAGAUGAUGUCUUUGGCGUGGCUGCAGUCAACUCUUACAAAGAUGCGGAUGAGUGCGCCCUGUUUGGCACGGAGAUCUGCAAAGGGGGCUUCUGCCUCAACAACGAGGGGACGUACGAGUGCUACUGCAAGGCCGGACUCUUCUACGAUGAGACCAGGCUGGAGUGUGUGGACACGGAUGAGUGCCAGGAUGAGUCUAAUUGUCUGGGCGGGGAGUGUAUGAACACGCCCGGCUCCUACAACUGCUUCUGCACCCCGCCGAUGGUGCUGAUGGACAAGCAGUGUAUCUUUAACCCCUCCGUGGCAGAGCACCGUGAGCAGGUCUUCCAGGACGUGUGUUGGCAGACGGUGAUGCCCACCACGCUGACCUGCAACGACAUGCUGGCCAACCGCAAGACCACCUACACCGAGUGCUGCUGCCUGUAUGGGGAGGCCUGGGGCAUGAACUGCGCCCUCUGCCCCCCCAGGGACACCGAGGACUAUGCCACCAUGUGUAACGUGCCCCUGAGCGGUAAUCGACGGCCCUACGGUCGCGACGCGUUGGUGGAUUUUGAACAAAAGUACCCCUCGGAGAGUGAUCCGUAUGACGCCUUUGAGGGUCUGCGUGCGGAGGAGUGCGGCGUGCUGAACGGUUGUGAGAACGGCCGCUGCGUGCGCGUGCAGGAAGGCUACACCUGCGACUGCUUCGACGGCUACACGCUCGACAUGUCUCGCAUGGCCUGCGUAGAUGUAAACGAGUGCUCGGAGCUGAACAAUCGCAUGUCCCUGUGCAAGAACGCCAAGUGCAUCAACACCCAGGGCUCCUACAAGUGCCAGUGUCUGCCCGGCUUCGUGCACUCCGAGCGGCCCAACUACUGCGUGCCGAAGGAGAAGGCCCAGCAAGCAGCAGCAGCAGCAGCAGCAGGAGGAUCAGCACCACAACAAACUGCAGCAGCAGCCAGAGAAGCAGCAGCAGCCAGCAGCGAGAGGGAGUGAUGACCCUGAAAGCCCAGCAGAGGGCGCCAGAAACACUAAAACACUUAUUUAAUCCAAGCCCAUAUAUUCUGCACUGUAUAAAAUGAAACUAAAACAGGAAGAAAAAAAAACUGAAAAAAAGAACAAAAAAAAGAGAAUUCAGUCAUACUUGAGAUGAAGACCUGAUUACAAAAAAAAUGCUAUGUGGUUUCUGUGGAGAGAAGAGAGAGCAGAAUUGUAUAAAAUGUAUUUUUUUUGUCUGUUUCAAUUUUAUUUUUGUUUUGUUUUGUUCUGUUUGUCUUGUUUUUAUUUUGUAAGGUUUUCUUAAAUAAGAAGGAGCUUUUUAAAAAAGAAAAAAAACGCACGAGCGAGACACUGGGUCUUCUUGUGCGCCGACAAACCCUACGAACUGUUGCUGGGGGAUAAUGUUUUAGUAUUUUAUUUUUCCCAAUCUGAGGCAACCUUUGUUUAUGGUUCCGUUACAGCAGGGGUGGGGAACCUAUGUCUCGAGGGCCGUUCACAGCCAUCCUUUUAGGUCAUCUUGUCCUGCCUUCGAUGUAAUUCUAAUGUUUAAUGUGUGUUUAUAAAGAAAUUUUAGAAAUUACAUUUGCAAUACAGUACAAUUAAGUUAUGUUUUCAGGGGACCUACAGUAGUAAAGGUGGGGUCUGUUGUAAAGGGGGAAGUCCUGAUUUGUGUUCAUAGUAUGGCCCUUGGAGGACUUAAUAACAUUAGAAAUGGCCCUCGAAUGAAAACGGUUCCCCACCCCCCACCCCUGCGUUACACAGUGCAGAGGCCAGCCAGUCACCCACCCUCUCUCUUACAUCCUUUCUUUAUGCUUCAAUCCAUACACAUAUAAAACAAUAUUAAGAUGCCGCAUUGGCUGCCAGGGGAUGUGCAAAAAAAGCACCCAAUCACCACUGUCAGGGGCCGUUUCUCAAAGUGAAGUGUCCCGGCCUUGCUAGGACUGGUGAUGCCCCUUUUCACAAGGUGUAUCCAAUUAUCAAUUACUAGGGCUGGGACAUUAAUGCAUUUAUUUCGAUUAAUUAAUCACGUGAUAAUUAAUGCGAUUAAAAAAAAUAAUCGCAGUAUAAUAUAGCUACAUAGUUCUGGAUUAGACCAGUGGAGGGCAGUAUUACGCCUGAUGGUGAACAGCCUGCUGAAAUUGAGAAGAGUUCUCUCUUCUUUUAAAAAUGAAUAAUGAUUUAGGUCACGCUUAUUUAUUGUAAUUAUUCAAAAUCCAUGUGAAAAAAAAUAUUUUUCACUGUUCUCAAAUCAGAUAUUUAAAUGCGAUUAAAAUGUGAUUAAUUCGAUUAAUUAAUUUCAAAGCCUAUAGAUUAAUGCGAUUAAAAUUUUUAAUCGAGUCCCAGCCCUAUUAUUUACACUUAGAACUAGUUAUUGGAUACUCUUUGGUGAAAUGGGCGUUUACUACUACUCCCUUUCACUAUGAGAAAUGCCCUCUCUAAGUGUUGUUCCAAGAUGGCGACACAAAGCUACAGUGAAGCCGUAUGAUAAAUAGUGAAUAGGCGUGGUGCACUGUGGUAAUGAGGAAUACUGUCCCAACAUGGCUCCCCUGUAAGCACACUGUUCUAGAGCAGACGUCAGCCAAUUGGUCAUCUACUGAACUAUAUGUAUGUAUGGAGUCGGCUAUAUGUCGUGUCUUCCUCCCUUUAGUCUCUGUAGUUUGGCCCUAGUAUGAGGUGCUGGUAGGUCGAGGAAGAAGUGAAAAGUGGUUGCUUUUACUCCAUGGUGUCACAAAACGCAUACAGAUUGCACAUCACUGUAAUGUGUUGUUAAUGUAAAUUCCUUGAAAAUAAGCUCUCUUUCUUUCUAGGCAGUUUUUUGUAUGAUGCUUUGUGCAAACAUGAAAAAAACUACUUCUCUUUGUCUGGGACAUUGGACAAUCGCUUUUUCUAUUUUUUAAGUUUUUUUAAUUAUUAUUUUGAGACUUUAACUCUUCUUCUCUCCUCAGUCCCUAUACACUCUCUCCCUGUCCCCUCCUUUUUAUCUCUCCCUCUCUCUCUCUCUCUCUCUCUCUCUCUCUCUCUCUCUCUCUCUCUCUCUCUCUCUCUCUCUCUCUCUCUCUCACUCACUCGCCCGCUCACACACACACACACACAGUGUGCGUCUCUCCCUUUCCAUUUCUCUCUCUCUCUCUCUCUCUCUCUCUCUCUCUCUCUCUCUCUCUCUCUCUCUCUCUCUCUCUCUCUCUAUCUCUCUCUCUCGCUUUGUCUGCCCUGUGGAGCAGUUUGUGUUCUUACACAUCUUUAUUUCUUUUGAAUUAUUUGUUUUAUCAUGUGGAGAAAAAAGAAAACAUGAAAUGAAGUGUUCCUUUAUAUUUUUCAUACUUAAAGAUUAAAAAAAAAACUUUCUCAGCAUUUUCACUGCAAUGUGUAAACGUCUUGCCAGGUUGCAAAGCUGCUAUGGAACAUCCGUGGGAGUAGAUUUUGUACAUUUAAACAGAAGAGUUGAUAAAAAAAAUAAACAAUUUAUGUAUUUUUAAUUUGUACAUGAAUGAAUAGCUCUUGUAUUGGAUAUCCGUAUUAUUAUUAUGUAUAUUAUUAUUAAACCUCUUCUAAUAAAUCACAAAUUGUGAUAUUUAU